AGGGAAGGAGGGCUGAUGACACAGGGCUGGCACAGUGAGAGAGACGCGCAUUGUACUUUGUGCUGGAGAAAAAGAAGGCGCGCUGCUCCUCUCCAUCACAUUUCCCUUUCCACACGCUGACGGGAAAAUAAGGAAAGCCAGGAUGUAAAAACUAACUGAAUAAGUUCGUUAGAAGACGUAUAAAGAUCCCGCUACAAACCUUUUUCUUCUGAAUCUUGUGGUCCAACAGACUGGUUAAUUCUGCUCCAUCAGCCGCGUUUUGGCGCUCUGCUCGGUGCCGGAGUCUGCCGAGUGCCGACCGACGAGGAGAGGUGCAGCUCGACUGCUUCAUCCCGCUGAAUGGACCCGAGCUCUUCUUCUCUCACUUGUUAAAAGGGAACUGGGUCUUUACAGAAAGUCUGAUUCGGUUUUUUGUCCCCCCUCCCCUCCCCCCACUCCACUUUAAUCGAUGUCAGUUUGACUCUGAAAGUGAGGAAUACUACGUGGAAGACUCUGCUUCACGAUGGCGACAGCAGCGUGGCUCCCUUUCACCAGGGCAGCAGCCAUUGGCUGGAUGCCUGUUGCCAACUGCCCCAUGCCUGUGUCACCGACGGACAACAGUAAGAGACAGGACGAGCUGAUUAUUCUCAACGUGAGCGGCCGUCGCUUUCAGACCUGGAGAACCACUCUGGACCGCUACCCUGACACCCUGCUGGGCAGCUCUGAAAAAGACUUCUUUUACAAUGAGGACAUCAAGGAGUACUUCUUUGACCGAGACCCUGAUGCCUUCAGGAGCAUCCUCAACUUCUACCGGACAGGGAAGCUCCACUACCCCCGCCAACAGUGCAUCUCAGCCUACGAUGAGGAGUUGAUCUUCUUUGGCAUCAUCCCUGAGAUCAUCGGCGACUGCUGCUACGAAGAGUACAAGGACAGAAAGAGGGAGAAUCUAGAGCGGCUGCAAGAUGAUCAGGAGGAGAACAAGGACAUGAAGCUGCCCCACAUGAACUUCAGGGAGACCAUGUGGCGGGCCUUUGAGAACCCCCACACCUCCACCAUGGCCCUGGUCUUCUACUAUGUCACUGGUUUCUUCAUCGCCAUCUCGGUAAUCACAAAUGUUGUGGAGACGGUGCCCUGUGGUCCCACAGCCAACCAGAAAGACAUGCCAUGUGGUGAGCGCUACACGGUGGCAUUCUUUUGCAUGGACACCGCCUGCGUCAUGAUAUUUACAGUGGAGUAUCUAAUGCGCCUGUUUGCCGCGCCUAGCCGCUACCUUUUUAUGCGCUCAGUGAUGAGCAUCAUCGAUGUGGUGGCCAUCUUGCCGUACUACAUCGGCCUGGUGAUGUCCAACAACGAGGACGUGAGCGGCGCCUUUGUGACGCUGCGCGUGUUUCGAGUGUUUCGUAUCUUCAAGUUCUCCCGUCAUUCGCAGGGCCUGCGGAUCCUGGGUUAUACACUGAAGAGUUGUGCAUCAGAGCUGGGCUUCCUCCUCUUCUCACUCACCAUGGCCAUCAUCAUCUUCGCCACGGUCAUGUUCUACGCAGAGAAGGGCUCCAGCUCCAGCAAGUUCACCAGCAUCCCAGCUUCCUUCUGGUACACUAUUGUCACCAUGACAACGUUGGGGUAUGGAGACAUGGUGCCAAAGACAAUCGCCGGGAAGAUCUUCGGCUCUAUCUGCUCCCUGAGCGGCGUGCUGGUGAUCGCUCUGCCCGUCCCUGUUAUCGUCUCUAACUUCAGUCGCAUCUACCACCAGAACCAAAGAGCAGAUAAACGCCGUGCUCAGAAGAAAGCCAGACUGGCUAGGAUAAGGAUAUCCAAGUCUGGCAGCACCAACACCUUCCUCCACAACAAACGCAACGGACUGCUCAAUGAACUGCUGGAGCUGACGGACACAGAAGAGGAUGAUCAGAAGCGGACUAAGUCCACCUCUCUGUUACAGAGCCAACAUCACCACCUACUGCACUGUCUGGAGAAAACCACUGCUCAUGAGUUUGUGGACGAGCAGAUGUUCGAGCAGAACUGCUUGGAGACAGUGCUACAGACCUACCCGUCUCCCAGCCCCUCCAUAUCCAGCCACGACAGUUCUGCGGGUACCUGCUGUGGCCGCAGGGUAAAGAAAAACAGUCCUCUGCCCAACGCCAGCCUGCCCUCCACCUACACCGUCCCGUCAAACCAGUGCCCCCUGCAGGAGCUUAGUGCCAUGCACAUACAGUGUGGCGACCCACACACUGCCAGUCGUUCGAACCUCAACCUGAAAACCAAUGAAAGCAGCAGAAUCAACUGCAAAAGCGGACGGAUCACCACAGCUAUCAUCAGCCUCCCAUCACCCCCCGCUUUGACCCCUGAUGGCGAUGGCCUCCGCGGGCCCCCACAGAGGAGGCCACCCCAACUCCCACCCCCAGGUCACCCUGCAGCUCUGAGCAUCCAGACCACAUCAAGCUCAGCUGGCACCAACAUCAUCAAAGUCUCUGCACUGUGACUCUUUGGCUACCGGAGUAAGGAGUAGAGAAACUAGGAAGAAGAAGAAGAGGACGCACCAUGUCUCGUCUCACAGGGUCAACAGGAAGAGCGCUGUUCUCCAGAGAUGAUGUGGAGGUAGACGAUUGUAGAUAUGUGAACCGAGAAUCACGCACUCGUCAUGUCGUGUAUGUACUAUAGAUACGGACAGAGCCACUGCAUUUCUAAUAGUUUCUAACAGCAGUACAGAUGUUUUACAGCAAGUACCAUGGAAAAGAUUGAAAGACAUUGUGCAAUUAGCAUAUCCGUACAUCAGCAGAUGCUGUUCAACAUACCAGAAAUUCACAGUAAAUUUAAAGUGAAUUUGCAGUGAAAUAAUGAAAAGGAUAUUUUGUUCACGUUUGAAGAAAGGUGGAGAAAAGUGUUAAUCGGUUUACUUGAACUUGAUGGGUCUCGCUUGUGUUAUGUGUUGUUUGUCUUAAAUAUUUUGAAGAUAAAAAAAAAAAAAUUCUCUUUCAGCAUCAUUUGAAAAGUCACAGUACCUACGAUGCUGCUAAUAUCGCUUUUGUUUUUGACUGUAUCUAUUCAUCAUAUCAAACACUCAAACCAAACUGUGUUUUUUGUUUGCUUCCUGUUAAAAUUUCUGACUGGAGUUGGACUACAGGGAGUGAGUCUGACUGACACUGUCUUCAUGACUUAUAGGUUUUAAUACUGAGGUGAGACAAAGUAGUAGUUCUCAACCUGAUAACCCUCCACCUGACCACAAAAUAACUUACAAGUAAAGGUUUUAUUAUUUUUUUGAUUAACUAAUAAGGCCAGCUUUAUUUUCUAGUUUUCCUUAUUGUCAACAAAGCACAUGAAAAGAUCACAGCACUAUUUCAACUUGUCUCUCACAACUGUCUCACCUUUUGACACUCUCUGCAGUGGCAACCAAAUGCUGCUCCAACAUUUCAGUUCUUUGGGAGUAUUUUGAAAGAUCUUGUCAUCUACUGAUGUGUUUUUAUGAAGGUUUAUUUCAGGCGUUGGUCUACACAGGCAAUGUUUGUUAGGAGGAUCGAAUCAUUGUUGAUUUUGGUCAUUAGAUCUGUUGGGAAAAUGAGAGAAUGUUUCCAGCCUUAACCCCUCCGUGAGUAAUGACAUAUGUCUAGUAUGUGAUCCUGUGUAUAUACUGUACAUGUGAGGCUUUUGUUCUGAGGAAUAAGUAAAAGCUGCAGCUGUUAUGCUGCCUCUACUCGGAGAGUGUCGGAGGCUGAAAGGGAGAUGGAAAAAACAGACAAUCUGUGCAUUGUACAUGACUGUGAGUGGGCAUUUUAGGUAUUGAAUGCCAAAAAGGUUGCUCACAAUUGUCAUGUUGAACAAACACCCCAGAACAUUACAGGAAGACAGCCAAUUCAUGUUCAAUCCAGCUUUUUUAAGCUAAAACUGAAACUUAAAAGCUACGUGAGUAUUAUUUUUAGACAACUAAAAUCAAGAGAAAAAGGGUAAAAUAUGCAAAUAC